AUGACAAGCAUUAAUCGAACUCUCAAAGCAACACCAGGCCAGACUGCUCUCGGAAGUUCAAUUCAGGAAUGUUCUCAGGAUAGCUCGGAAAGCUUGAAGCAACGAAUCACAGAACUCAUGGCACAGAGUUGUGAACUCGAACGAAAGUUGACUACUUCCUCUCGCGAACUCUCAAGGGCUAACAACCAGAUAAGCCAACUACACACGGAGCUCACUGAAUCGGAGAACAAGCGAACUGAACAGGAAGCGAAGAUAAUCACUUUGGACCAGAAGUGCCUCUCCGCACAGCGUGAGAUUGCUGUCGCCCAAAAUCAGGCCGAUAAGCUACGAACAGAGUUGGCCGGCAGGGUUACACAGCUAAAGCAGAUGGAAGAAAAGGUUUCGCGGUUGCAGACGAGCCUUGAAACGAGAGAGAAUUCGAGGGGUGAGACGAGCUCAAGCCUUACGGAAGGAAACAAGCUAGAGCAGCAGGAAGGGGAGUACGAUCUACCCUCCAUGACUCAAUUUCAACAGCAAAUCAUAAGCCAGAGGAGCAAAAUCAGCGCAUUAUCGCUUCAGUUGUCCAACGCACAGGAUCACAUUAAAGAAUUGACUGAACAAUUGGAAGACGGAAAUUCCGAAUUGGUUAGAGCUCGUGAAAGAGAGAAGCUAAAUGAGGAACACAACGAAAGGCUUUCCUCUACUGUCGAUACUCUGUUGUUGGAGGCCAACGAGCGUUUGCAAAGCCAUCUUUCAGAGCGCAUGUCGGCGCUACAGCAGAAGCGUGAUUUGGUUUGCGAGGUGGAGCGCCUGCGCUCAGCUCUUGAGGAGGCCAUCGACGCCCGCGAGGCGCUCGCCAAGGAAGCCACGAGUCUGCGCCGCCGACUGACCGAGACUGCCGAAAGUGGGACGCUCCUAUCCCCACCCCUUAAGUGCCAAAAUUCACCUUCUGACGGCAUGGGUAACCUCGACACCAUGGACGCUCUACUUGCUGUCGACCCUUCCGGACGUAUGUCGGCUUUCCUUCGAUAG